GCUACGUGUCGUGGCCGAAUUGACGCAGGAUGCUGCAAACACACACCGUCUCUUGGCGGACAUGGCGGCAACUUGAUGAAGACGGCGAGGGCUUGAAAAAGAAAAAAAGACGUCCGUAGCAGGCUGUAGCUAGGCCCCAUCGCGCUGACACAAAAAGGCAACAGUCCUUCGCCAUGUUGGAAGACGAUAGCGCCCUUGUCCGCGCACGACCGAGGCCGGGGAAAACGUAAGCGCGUCAGUGAGUGUUUCUAAAAGCGGAGUCGCGGCUACGCAGAGGAGCGGAGCGGAGCGGCGCCGCGCGGCAGCUCGGGGCGGACGGGAGGACAGCCAUGGAGGAUGCGGCCCGCGGUCGCAGGAGUCUGAUUACCCACCCUGCCCACGCUCCUUUGGAUGGGAAUUUCCGCUGAGCGCGACGGAAAGCCGGGACAACCCACUAGCCGACUCUUAAGGGGAGGAAAACGCGAUCGGCUCCCGACGUCCAUGACUGUUGCGGCAGAGGAGCCCCCACGGUGGAGUCGGCCGGUUCCCAAAAUAUGACCAGGGGUGCUGGGACGUGUUGGCAGCAAGAAGACGACGACGGCUUCCAAAUCUGGCUCGAGCCCCCUCGCGACCACCAAAAGCCAUUCACCGACUCUGAGAGGGCGCAGAGAUGGCGACUGUCCUUGGCAUCUCUCCUGUUCCUCACCGUCCUCCUCUCUGAUCGCCUGUGGUUCUGCGCCGAGGCCAGGCUGGCCCGAACCCCGGACAAGUUCGCGUCCUCCCACCUCCGCUCCCCCCACACCCGCUCGGUGCACAUCAGCCUCACAGAGAACCCCCACGCUAUUUUUCUAGGAAACUCCACCAAACAUCUGUGUCGCCUCGAAACUCGCCACCGGGACAGUUCGUCCGGCGACUGCUUCGCCUUCGCGGAUGCGGACGACCUGUGCCGCGGCCUCUCCGACAAGCAGGGCCCGCGGGUCGCUAACAUGAGCGACUUGUACCUGUCCUUUUGUAACUCCUACUCCCUGCUGGACCUGUUCGACGGCUCGGCGAGCCCGGACAACCUGAACUGCAGCGUCCGGGCGCUGGAGGACGGCGACGCGACGCGAUGCGGCGAGUGCGUCCAGGCGUUCCAGCGCUACGACCAGCACGCCCAGGAGAAAUACGAGGACUUUGAGCUCCUGACGGAGAAAUACGAGCCGGGGGCUUAUUCGGUGAGGACGUGCAUGGAGCAGUGCAAGAUGGCCUAUAAGCCCUGGCUCUGUGCUCAGUACUUCCCCAACAUCAAGCAGUCUUGUCAGAGGAAGAUACCGUGCCAUCGGUACUGCCUGGAGGUCCAGCAGAGCUGCCCGUUCAUCCUGCCCGACAACGACGACCUGAUCCACGGCGGAAACCCCAGCUUCAUCUGCACAGGGCUCCUGGGAGACCAUCCAUCAGACGGCGAGGCGGAGUGCUGCGACGUUCGAUGGGACUCCAAAAUGGACAGCCCUUCAGGCAGCACGCUUCAAAGGACUGCUUCUUCCUGCCAGCCCGAGGGGGCUUCGGUCACUUCCGCCGCCAGCCCGAGACUGUGCAGCGGGCGACUGAAGAUAUGCCUGCUGGCCCUCGUCCUCCUACAAACUGUCAUCAUCAUCUCAGCCUCGCAUAACUCUACGUUGCUGGACGUGGCCGCCAUUUUCUCACCGGAGGAGGCCGCUCCGAACGAGGAGUGAACCCCUCGAUGGGGGGUGUCGGGGAGCGGGGUUAUGGCUUUUUACAGUGUCAUGGCCGCCAGGGACGCAUCUGGCGAGACGUGCCAGAGAUGUCACCGCGAUCUGCUGCCAAACGAAGCGUCAAUCACACAAUGCAGGAGGGCUUGAACCGGAGAUCACUGGGCUGGGAGCGGACAUCGACCCAACCGAGAUGUUCGGGGACCACGCCCUACGAAGAACUGACCUCUUGCCACUAGAAACCUGCUCUUUGUUUCUAUCUCAUCCAAAUGUUUUCUAGCAUAUCGUCCCUGUUUUCCUUCCUCUCCUACCUUCCCUGUCCUCUGGUUUCAGUGUCUGGGUGGGUGAAGCGGACAUUGACGACGUGUGCAUUCCAGCUCAUCGUUACCUUUAGAUUUUUGCUGCACUUUUUCCCCCUGGGUGUCAGAUUAUUUUGACAUUUCCGAUCUGUUCUUCUCUCAAUCCUUCAUCUCCAUCGGUGCGCCGUACGUGUUGUUGCUCAAGGGUCUGUUGGCAUCAGCUCAUCCUUUAGUUGUGGGUCAUGCUUUCCCUCAGAAAUGUGGUUCUCCUGUGUUCUGUUGUCGAGCUUAUGUUUUUUUUUUCUACUAGAUCUUUUGUGAACCCCUUACAAUGGCACAUGCCUAAGCAUUUUAGGACCUUAAGUGCUCUGAGACUCGCUUCCUCCUCUGACUUGUUCUGCAGUUGGAUAAGUUGGGAGUCAAGUGGAAAAGUUAGUGAUACUGCAACUGUCUGAGGCGUUUUCUUUAACGUUUUCAUUUUAGUCUUUGACGGGACGCUGCUUGUUCUAAAGUGUUUAGUUCACCUUACACCACAGUGGCUGGUCUUACUGAUUAAAUUGGUUGUGUGGGAGAACGCUGGAGUUGCGAAAGGCCAGAACACAGGGAGCCUCACUCAUCAACCAUGAACCUGUCUCCAUAAAUAGGCUCUUCCCACCAAUCGGUUCCGCUGCUUAACCAUAGAUGGUGCAAAACCCACUUCUUAACUGGUCCAGUUUGGGUUUCCACAACCAGAAAACAACUUUUACUAUUCAUCUCAGUAUUCCUACAAAACAAAUGCACCAGUAUCCCCAUCUUAGUUAUUAAAAGUUAUAAACAAACCGCAGAUUUGACUAUAAUAAAAGACAGCUGGGACUUAUUAGAACAUGGCAGAGGGUGAUAUCAAAAUAAACAGCAGGAGGCAGAGUUGUAAACAUUUGCUCUAAACUUACAAGCAUAAGAAAAGGCAUUUAUUGUUUGCAGCCGUUUUCCUGUGACCCUAAACCGCUCUAAUUCUCACCAGUAAGCGCUUUAAUUUAGUAAGAAAUUACUUCAUGCCUCAACUAAUAAAGUGCCUCUCUUUACACACAAGAAUAAACACGAUAAAUAAACUUAAAUUAAAGUGCAACAAGACAACUGAGUCAAAGUGAAAGAUUUAUUGUGAUAAAUGUUGAACUCUAAAAUGUUGUUUUUUAAAAUUUCACUUUAUUUUCACCAAAAUUCCUUACUGCUUUCACCUGACAAGGUAUCAAUUAAAACACCUCAAUAAAAUAGUUCAAAACAGUUUGCAGCAUCAAAAUCUAAAUUCUUUAGAUAGAAACUCAAAUUUCUACCUUUGAUUAGAUGACCCACAAUAGUUGGAAUAGAUAUUAUUCCAGUUUGAAAACUUUACAUGGGAAUUAUAGGAUGUAACUUGGAUUUACCGGGACAUAUCCCUGCAACCUUCUCAGCUCAACGCGGGAACAACGAAGCACAUGUCAUGGCAGGAGGAUGGGAAGUCAUGCAUAAAAAAACUGCAAAAAUCAAAACUGUAAUUUUGACCAGUGGUUUUAAACCUGUGUGAAAAGCGGCCAUCACUUGGCAUGUUUUUGGAUAACUUUUUAACCAGAUUGGUGGCAUGUAUGGCUUCCCAUAGAAGGCGAUGUCGCUGUUGUUUCAGUUCCGAAGCGCGAAAGUUAUUGGAAAAGCAACAACAACAAAAAAAAAACGAAUCCCUUCACUUCAGAGUUUUUCUUUACAAUGUGCCCAAUUAGCAACCAGAAAGUACAUGGUGUAUAUGUGUCCUGGUGUGCUGUUUUAGUCAAGAGACCAUUUCAGCUCAACACCCAAUCGGUUGAAGAUACUCCCAUUUAAAUUGUAGCAUCUCCCAAAAGUUUCCGUUGACAUUGUGCAGGGGGUUAAAUACACAGAGGUGAGGAACCAACCUAUUUGCCUCUAAAUAAGUGGCAGUGAAACCUGCGUGGGAUCCUAUUUGAGUCCUCUUGUAGAGUACUGGAACUCAGGAGUUUUCUGGCCGCUCUAGAUGGCCGCAAAUAUUUUACUUGACGAAUGAGGCUCCCGGAUCUUUGGGUGAUGUUUGGCCCAAUGAGGCGUCUGCUGGCAUCAAAGGGGGAGAAAGUGGUGAAAUCGAAACACUUCAGGGUUAAGCUUCUUCUUCUAGACAAGUUCUCCUGCGGUCAGUUUGGCUUUUCAGGAUCUCAGAGUUCGUACAAGUCAGUCAAUCAAACUACCUACUCUGAAAAUCACCUGACGAGUUGAUCAGUUACAUUCUUUAUCUGACUAGCAAAGAGUCAGUGUGCAAGGAGUGUGAGGAGUUUUUAAAGGGCUGAUCCAUACACUUUUAUGCUGUUUUCCCUAUUUUCAAAUGGCGCCUUCUAGUCAAUCAUCUUUCCCCCCCUUUUUUUUACUAGCGAUAGGACAAAAACAAGACAUUUAUCCAAAGCCGAAUCACCGAGAAAACAUUGCAUUAAUAACAUGGUUGCUUUCUAACAGCUGAUCUGUUCGAAUACUUUUAGUGAUGGAAACAUUGUAUGAGUGACUCCUCUUCGGCAUAAGAUAACAACCGUUAAAUCUGUCCCAGUUGGAUGACCCUUGACCCUUCUUUUACGACCUCCCAGAUGGGAGAAGACAUUCUCUCCCCACAUGUUUGGCUCCUCCCAUAUAUUUGGCUCCGCCCCCUUAAUCAUUAGCUGACUGAGUCCUGUGGAUCUAUGCAGAUGAACCCCCCCCCGCCUCAAAUCUCCCCAGCCACUGUCCUUCGUUUCCUCUAGUCCUUUCUGUUGUAAAUAUGUCCUGAGGAUGUGGGAUCCCCUAAAAGUCGCCCCUUCCUGCCUCUCCUGGUGCCCCUCCCCCACCCGUUGGAAUCUCUGUGUUUUCUGUUCGGCUCCUUGGUUUUUGUCUGUUUUUUGAGAUUUUUGCCACAUUUUUCUGUUGUCUAAAGCAGUGGUGUGAGUUGAUGAGUAGGACAAAGUUGGAUGUUUAAAAGGAUGACAUAAAGAGGUCUUUAAAAAUAUAUAGAUAUAUAUAUAUAUAAAUAUAUAUAUAUGAAAAGACAAAGCUUGAAAUGAGAAAAGGUUUAAAUAUAGAGAAAAAAUAUGAUAAAAGUUGUCAUAUUGUCAUACUAGAGAUGCUUUAGUUUGCUAUUUUACUUUCUUUUUUUUUCUACAAAAGACUUGGAUGAAAAUUAUUUAUAAAAAUGCGUCCCACAAGUCAUGACCUUUUUUGGACGUGAAACGAAUACAUUUAUUAACAUUUUGUUCAAAGGAAAAUAAAUAUAAAUUAUGUUAAACAUGA